ACUCCGCUCGAGACGGUCGUGAAUCGGCUGAGACCCAUAUGGUGUAUGGCAUAGUAUACUACUAUAUCUGGCAAUAUCCGAAAGAAAGGUGCGCAUGCGCAUGGAAAGCGGGAAAAGCAAGAAAAGCGGCUAAAGCGAGUGGUGUGUUCUGCAAGACGGAGCGUGAAGUGCGGCAUUGUUUGCAUUUUGAUAUUAUUGUUAUUCGUAUUUUGUUUUGUUUGUAUUGUGUUUGCUUUGGCUAAAUGCGGAUAAAUAUGCGGAAAACCUAAUCCGCCGAAUCGUAACAAUAAGCGACGUUAACUGAGUAUCGAUUACCACUACCGAGUGGUGUGACACUUUUCCGCGGCGCAAAAAACAGGUUGUUUUGCCAUUAUUAUAGACAGCAGACAGCAGCCAGCAGGCAGCACCUAGGGCACAUUGGCUCGCUGCCCGGUUCACCUGUUCGCCAGUUCACCUGGAUACUCCUGGACACCCCGGAUCACCUGGCUGGUGGUCAUGCUGCCUUGCUGUUGCACAUAAAGAAAGCGGGACGAGAAGCUGAAAGGUCUGCGUGAGAGGCGAAUCCGCGACAGCGGACCAAGCGGAGGGCAGUGAUCUGAUCCUGGUGCCGAUCCAGGUUCCAAUCCAACCCAGAGCCAGAGCCAGGAUGUCGGACAUCUACUACUGCAGCAACAGCCAGAUGAAAAAAUCGCGCGACGCGGAUAAAUCAUCCGCCACGUUGGCGGCCACCAAUACCAAUGCAAAUUUAAAUGCGGCCAAUAUGGCGGCCGCUGAUAAGAAGAACAACAACAACAACUGCAGCAAUCGCAACAAAGACAAGAGCAUGCAAGCGAACGGUAAAAAUUGGAAGGGCAUUGUCCAGAGCAAUCCCAAUCCAAGUGGUAAUGGUGGUGGUGGAGUCGGCGUGGGCACCACCGCGCAACCGCCAAAGGUUUUCCACAACACCCGAUGCACAAGGCACCACAAACCGCACCACAGUCACGGCAAUGGAUUGCCAGCUUCCGUGGGAGGAGGAUUGGGUGGAUUGGGAGGAGGAGUAGCCUCCUCCAAUGGACCAUCGUUGGAGACGCCACAGCAGCGGGAAAGGGAGCGAGAAAGGGAUCGCGAGCGGGAUCGUGAGCGGGAUCGUGAGCGGGAUAGGGACAGAGAGCGAGAGCGGGAGCGGAACAUGGAACGAGAGCGGGAACACCACCUCCACAUGCACCAGCACCAGCACAAUCACGGCCUGAGGAGAAAGUCCGAGUCCGUCCUGUCCACCGAUUCGGACAUCCGCUUCACCCGCCGGAAACUGGGCGAUGGCCAAAAGUGCGGUUGCGCCGUCAUCGCCGGAUUCCUCAUCGCCCUCCUCGUCGCCGGAGUCUUUGUCUACGUGGGAUACACCUAUUUCCGGCCGGAGCCGCUGCCGGAUCGCGUGUUCCGCGGCCGCUUCAUGGUGCUGAACGACAAGUGGAGCAUGGAGCUGGCCAACCAGAACUCGAUGAGGUUCCAGCACAAGGCCCGCGACUAUCGGGAACGGAUCAAUCUCACCCUGCGUCGGUCUGAUCUGCGUGAGGCAUACGAGGGCAGCGAGAUAUUGGCACUGGACGGCAGCGAGGACAACAACAACAUAAUCGUGCACUUCAACAUGAUAUUCGAUCCGUACGCGGGUCUGGUGAGCAGUGGCGACCUGCUGGCCCUGUUCCACGAGGAGAUGACCCAGCCGCCGCAGCAGCGCCGCCAUUUCGCCAACAUGACGGUGGACGUGGCCAGUCUGAGUAUCAAGGAGACGACGGGCCUGAUCGAGGAGCCGGUGAUGUCCAGUUCGCCGCUGGGCGGACACGAUGAGACCACCGAGCCGGUGGUGACCACCACUCCGGCUCCGCCGCGUCGCUGUUCGCCGCUGGAGCUGACCUACUGCCGCCAGGUGGGCUACAACAUCACCACCUAUCCGAAUCUGCUGGGCCACGCCAGCUACGAGCAGCUGGCGCAGGAUGUCAUCGUGUUCCGGGAACUGGUCGACGGGGAGUGCCACCGGGAGGCCUACGAUUUCGUGUGCCGCCUGCUCCAGCCGCCGUGCGACACCCACGGCGCCGAUUUGCAGCCCACGCCGGGCCAGAUUUGCCGCGAGUACUGCGAGUCCUUUAUGGCCGGGUGCGGCAGUCGACUGCCGCAGCGGUUCCGGCACUUCUUCGACUGCGAACGCUUCCCGGAGUCCACGGGCACCCAGUCCUGCCACCAGAAGCCGCACUGCGUCAGCGACAUGCAGUCCAAUGUCCAGAGUCCCCGGCUCUGCGACGGCUAUGCCGAUUGCCCGGAUCUCUCCGACGAACGCAGCUGCGCCUUCUGCUCCCCCAACGCCCUCUACUGUGGGCGUGGCCGGGCUUGUGUGCCGCGCAAGGCGCGAUGCGACGGAAAAGCCGACUGUCCGGACGGAGCCGACGAGAAGGACUGCCUUUCCAUAGCUCCACUGGCCGCCGAUCUGUUGCAUCCAGAGCCCCUGGUUCCGUACCUCCCCCGCUUCCAUUCCGCCGGAUACGCCGUCUUCUCCGAAAAGGGAGUUGUGGGCAAGCUGUGCGCCGAGGGUCUGGAAGGCGAUGCCAAGCUGGUGGUGCGCCAAACCGUCUCCGAGUCACUCUGCAAGUCCCUGGGAUACGAAUCCGUGGAAAUCUUCGAUGUGCAGAACGACACGGAGCAGUUGAGCGACUACGUCCGAGUGCUAGAUCCCCAUGCGCCAGAGAUCAGCUUCAUCCGGACGCACUGCCCCCGGCGGCAGGUGCUCUACGUGGGAUGCGGCGAGCUGCGGUGUGGCGUCCAGUCGGCGCUCUUCAACGCCAAGCAGCACCUGGCGCUGCCGAAGAUGUCGGCGCCCGGGGAUUGGCCCUGGCUGGUGGCCCUGUUCCGCGAGGACAUCCACGUGUGCGACGGCACCCUGAUCUCGCAGGACUGGGUCCUCACCACCGAGGGCUGCUUCCAGGGCCAGCCGCGUGCCACCUGGAUGGCCAUUGUGGGCGCAGUGCGUCUGUCGGCCAAGGCACCGUGGACGCAGCGGCGCCGCAUCAUCGGCAUGAUCAAGAGUCCCGUGGAGGGCUCCACGGCGGCACUGGUGCGCCUGGAGACGCCGGUCAACUACUCGGACCAUGUGCGACCCAUCUGCCUGCCCGAUGCCCUGCAGCGGCGCCUGCUCCAGCAGCCGCCGGCCCAGAGGAGAUCCCAUGUCGUCCCGGUGGCCGAGCGACUGGAGGGCCAGCAGCUGGUGCCGCGCAAUCGACUGGCCCAGGAGAACCAGCAGUUCUUCCUCAUCCCAUCGCAGGAGCAGCUGGACAGUUCCACGGAGAACCAUGGAGAGGAGGAGGAUCAGGAUGAGCAGGAGGAUCACUUCGGGGCCCGGGCGGCCGCCUCCUACAUGCCGAAAGCGGAGGCUCUGCACCAGGAACUGGAUGCCUAUCCCCUGCCAGAUCAUGCGCCGCAGGUGAACUACUACGGCGGCAGCUCCUCCUCCUCCUCGGGAGCCACUGUCACAUCCUCGUCAUCGGCCUCAUCCGCCCGCACGGCCACCAAGGCUCCUGUCUCGGUGGCGGUGGUUCCGGCUGCCCAGGAGCAGAUCUGGACAAACUGCAAUACUCUGGGCUGGUCCCGGCAGCGGGAUCAUUUACAGCGCGUCCAGCUGAAGAUCGGCGACAUGGCGCCCUGCGAGAAUGUGUCCAUCGCCACCGUGAACUCCAUGUGCAUGGAGGCCACCUACCAGAAGUACGACUGCACGCAAGAGGAGUACUCGGGAGCACCCGUUCAGUGCCUGAUUCCCAACACGAAUCAGUGGGCCCUCAUCGGGGUCUCCUCCUGGCGGAUCGCCUGCGGACCCACGGGCGUAGAGCGGCCCAGGAUGUACGACAAGAUCGCCUCGAAUGCCGCCUGGAUUCGCGAGACGAUCAGCGCGGUAUAGUCCCCUGGGGCGGCGCCACGCCCCCUCAGCAUUUGUGUAGAAAACGGAACCGAACUCACUGGGUAUUAUGUGUGUAGCAACCAAUUUUAAGCAUAUGUAACUAACCUGCUCUAAUGUUACUCGAACCUAACUCUAUGCUAAAACUAUUCUUAAAACGUCCUUUUUUUUUUGCUGUUUUGUGUAAUAUUUAUUAACUAUGUUGUAAUUGUAUGUUAAAAAUGUCGAAAAGGAAGCAAAUUUAGUUGUUAGAAAUUACGUUUAGCUGUUUGUAGAAAGAUAUUGUUGAAUAAAAUGAAAUCGCCUAAAA